CCCGGGACAGUCGCGACACACAGAUAUUUGAUGAGAGUGCGCGCUAAAUUACAUUGGAAGCUGCGGUAUAAGUAAUCGGUGCAGACCUCGCGGUUGCUUAGUCGUCAUCGUGUCACUGGACCUCACUGGUCACCAUCAGAUCAGAGACCAGAGACAGUCAACAUCGGGAUCUCUUGAUCCGCGAUAGUCAGUCAAUCAUUCAAGAUUGCUGGUGUGACAUUACUCUGGAGGAUGGAUAGACGGAUUCUAUCUAAAAAGAAGCAACAAGAGAGGAGGAGAUUUAAUAAUGAGCAAUGAAGAGGAAGAGAAGAAAGAGCGAAGUGAAAGUAAAUUGACAAUAAUAAACUGGGGAACGUUGAGGGUUGAUGGUUUUAAUGAAAGACUAAUGAAGAAUUUUAGUGGACCGGAUAGGACGUGGUCGGUGCAGCAGGUGCGAGUGUCAGUGUCGGUGAAGUCGCCGUGGACCGAGCAAGUGUCGUUCUGGCGGACUUUAACGGAGGAUGGAACUGAGCUGGCUCAUCGGAGCAGUCACAACAAGCACGAGGUCGACUCGUUGGUCUCGGUGGGAUCGUCGUUGGUGCUGGUGGCAGCAGAUAAAGAUAAAGGCCGUGCGUGAGUGUCAUUAUUCAACAAGAAGAAUCAAGGAGGCGGACCAGAACGUCGAGGAGCAUCAUCGUCGAGGAGCAUCAAGUGCGGUGGCGUGGCGUCGGGUGCCGCCACCAGCGGAACGUACAAGAAGACAGAAGAAAAAGAAAUCCGAGAAAACAGUGGAGGCUUUUCCAACCAGAGAGAAAGCAGGAAGGAGGAGAGGCUCUUACAGAUGCGGUGCCCGGAGGGGCCGGCCCGCGGCGGCGUGACGCGAUGCGGACGCGCCCCUCCUGCACGAUUCUCUGGGGAAAAAAGAAGCCACAACAUCGCAAACCGAUAUUGGAACGAGAAGGAGUGCCGAGAGCCAAGACUCGACAUGCAUCUUUACUCUUCAUCGCCUUGGGCUUCCUGUAUGCAAUGCAGCUAUGUCAUGCUCUCGCAUCACCUGGAAGUCAACAGCAACUUAAAUAUAGUCCCCGACAAGUUAGAACACGCUACGGUACAUUGCGAGGUAUUGUUGCACGCUCCAUGUCCGUGGAAGGUGUUGAGGUUUAUCUGGGUGUGCCAUAUGCUACACCACCAGUUGGUGCACUUCGAUAUAUGCCACCAAUUAUCCCAAACCAAUGGCGAGGCACAAGACUUGCAGAUACACUGCCACCCGCGUGCCCGCAGAAGAUACCAGGAUCAGAGACUAAUUUGUCGCGUCGUAAGCGCGCUUACAUCGAGAGAAUCACGCCCUUACUUGCUAACCAAAGCGAGGAUUGCCUUUACCUCAACCUCUACGUGCCACGGCCACCCCAUGGCAGUAGCACGGAAUUGCUGCCAACCUUGCUCCUUAUCCACGGAGACUCUUACUCCUGGGGAGCAGGAAAUCCUUUGGAUGGCACUGCCCUGGCCGCUCACGGCCGCCUCAUCGUAGUAUCAAUUAAUUUCCGUCUAGGUAUCUUGGGUUUCCUCAAAACUGGCACAAAAGGAAGUACCCAAGGUAACUACGGUUUAAUGGAUCUCGUUGCGGGUCUUCAUUGGCUUCGAGAGAAUGUCGAAGCUUUCGGUGGUGAUCCCGAACGAUUAAGUAUCUUAGGACUUGGAACUGGUGCAGCACUUGCUAACUUUCUAGCAGUUUCACCAAUGGCUAAGGAGCUUGUCGAGAGAGUAAUACUCUUAGGCGGGUCUGCUUUAUCGCCAUGGGCUAUACAACGAGAUCCUAUCACAAUCAAGCGACAUGUAGCUGAACAAACAGGAUGUUUAGGGGACGUUGAAUCCGAUGAUAUUACUGUUUGCUUACGUUUAAGAGACAUCAAAGAACUACUUAACGUACAUCUUGAUACUCCGAGAUUUACUUCUGGGUUUGCUCCUUUUGUUGAUGGUACAGUACUACCAUUAGCUUCAUUUCAGAUUGUACAACCUACUACGACAUCCGCUGGUAUUUUGCCGCUUUUCCCAGGGCCAGGAAGUGAAUUUGCUGCUUUAGGAAAUCGUGAUCUUCUUUUAGGAUUGACAUCCUGUGAGGCAUGGUUGGAUAUAAGUGAGGAUGAUUUAAAGAAUGGCAUCAAUUCGACACGAAGAGACCGGAUAUUAAGAACAUUUGUACGGAACACUUAUCGUUAUCAUCUGCAUGAAAUAUAUUCAACACUAAAGAAUGAAUAUACAGACUGGGAAAAGGAUGAACAAAGUCCCAAUGUCAUCAAGGAAGGACUUUUAUCAUUAUUAGGUGAUGGUCAAGUAGCUGCGCCACUUCUUCGAUUAGCUUUAUUGCAUUCAUCAUCAGGUGGACGAGGUUACUUCUUUCACUUUCAACCAGGUGAUCAUUCUAGUCAACGUGGAGAAGAGCUUCCUUAUUUAUUGGGUAUUCCACUUUUACGUAAUGAACCGAAUCGCUAUUCAUCUCCAACCAACUAUACUCCUGAAGAAGAGAGUCUAUCUCGCAUGCUUGUGCGUUACCUUUCAAAUUUCGUUCGAAGGGGCGAUCCGAAUGGUGGUGGAGUGGGCGAGGAUUUUAUAAAAGGUCAACCCUUUUGGGAUUCUUACGACUCGAUCAAUCAACUUUAUCUGGAAGUUAGCAGGUCACCAGAAAUGCGUUCACAUUAUCGGGGUCACAAAAUGUCCUUGUGGCUGAAUCUUUUGCCGCAGUUACAUCGUCCAGGCUAUGAGAUUAGUAUGCGUCAUCAUCAUCUGGCAGAAAGCCCAAGUCUCUAUGAAGGUGCAGUGCGUCCACAAAGUAUGGCACUACCACUUCCACCUCCUCCAUUAUCAGUACCGACACCUACUGAAGCAUCUAUAUCGUUGAAACCUAUCGAAAGUACUGAAUGCUCACCAAACAUUACAGUCAUGCCCAUAAGCACUAUUUCUCCACAAUUAAUUCGACCUUCACAGCAACCACACCCUAAAUUAUCACCAGGAUCUAACAAUCUUCUUCGUAAAUUUGCUACCAAUCACUACCAAAGUUACACUACUGCAUUAACAGUUACUAUCGCAGUGGGUAUAUUUCUUCUACUAUUGAACAUUCUUAUCUUCGCUGGGAUUUAUCACCAGAGAGAUCGCAAUGCGGCAGCUGCCGCUGCUGUUGCUGCAGGGUCUUCGUCUUCAUCAAUGUCCAUGGGCUAUGCGGAGCAUAAAAAGAAAGAGAGACUUCUUGAAGCCGGAUGUUCUGGAAUUGAUGCAAUUAGUGUUAGUGGAAAACAUUCAAGACUGUCGUCCUUUGUACUCUCGGAUUCCUCUAUUUCAUCAAGUCCUUCUAGUCAUAAACAUAAACUUGCCGAAGAACUUGAACUUCAACUACAAGAAUUUCAAUGUUCUCCACCGCCUGGAGGUAAAAGAAUGUCACUUGAUCCUCCGUCUUACGCAAUCAGCAAAAGUCCUGGUUUCAUACGCAGUAGAACGCCGUCACCGUGUGUUGAUGUCGCAGCCCAAAAUAAUCAACUUGAGGCUCAUGAUCGUGGUAUUGCUGAAGAUGAUGAUGAAGAUGAUUUUUUACCUGAUCCACCACCACCACCAAAAGUACCAGCGCCUAAUGUUUGUUCAGGUAUUCUACGACAACCAGGUACUCCCGGAAGUGCUAAAAAACGUGUGCAAAUUCAGGAGAUAUCGGUGUGUUGAUGAACAAAAAAAUGUAGUUGGGAACUGUUUCAAUCAAUUCUCUUAGAUGAUUUUGCAAGAGAAGUAGCGGAGUCUGCUUGAACGGAAAAAAGAGAAAAGCAAAAGCUUCUCUAGGGCACUAGUACCAUCAAGCAUCUCGAUGAAACUGGCGCGAACGACAAUGACGCCGGUUAAAGCUGACAAAGUGGAUUAGCUUGACUAUCCAGAGCACAACGAGGCGUGUUCAUACAUAUGCCUACAUGAGAACCUACCAGCACCCAUUUUAUAUUGUCUUGCAACCUCGAUUUCCCUUAAUCAUCUCUUCUCACACCUGAUAAAUAAUAUCGGCAAAAAAUAUCUAUGAUGAAAUGAAAAGAGAUAGAAAAAAAGUCACGCGGUCUCUGAUUACGGUCAUGUGUCUCAUCAUUGUUUCAAUUAUUUACAGCAAUUCUUAAAUAGAUAAGCUGAUAAUUUUUCUUAUCUGUAAUCUAUAAAAUUAUCGUAGAAAACUCGUGACCAUGACUAUACUAAUAGACUAACAAAUUUGUCACGCAUAUUUGUCAGUGGUAAUUACCAAAUCACACUUCCUCACUCUAAAAUUAAAUACAAAUAAUCUUCAUGACGUAUUUUGGCGUGUGAAAUAAAAAAAAUAAUGGAAAAAAAUAGAGAAAAAAGAAAGAUAGAUGAGAAUAAAACUUGACUAAAGCUGCUGAGCCAACAUCGCUUCGCAAUAUUGCUGACAUCAAGCUGAACGUGAGAACCAGCGUUCGAUUAAAUGGAAAUACCUUAGUGACAUAGUAGUUCUUGCAAUCGAAUAUGUAUCAAGAUAUAUUAUUUUGGUAGAGUUCAUUGACUAUACAACAUCCUGUACAGAUGUAAUAUGUCACGUAUAACUUGGAGGAAAAAAAACUUGCUUCUAUAUUGAUUCGUGGCAAGAUAUAUUCAGGGUCAGAUUAAUUGCUCAACGUUUUGCUAAUAUUCAUCAGGGGUAUCUCUCCUUGCUACCAGGCUACAGCUUGUGCAUACUCGAAGACUACGUGAGCUUCGUUAUUCGAAAUAGUAACCGGGUAUUACCUUGAAUGAAAUUUAUCGUAUUUAAUUAAUUGCUUUUUCAUUUUCAACUCUGUUUUUUAUAGCUCCCAGUGACAAAAAAAUUACGAAAUUACCCCACGAGUCAACAUCACCUGCAUUUCAAUUAUUUUUUAUCCAAAAAAGUACCUAAUUAUUUCAAGAUUUCUUUAUCUUCAACUGUCUAGUCUAUUUAAUGGAU